UAUUAUCCAUCAUAUGAUAAAGUGACAACUACCUAACCUUCCACUCUUCUUGCAUUCUCUUUCUCAUCUGUUGCUCAAAAGAAACAUAUCCAAAAUGUUGGAACUUGACACUUCUCUCUCCAUUUUCACCAUUUCUCUCUCCUUCCUCUCUCUCCUGCUCUACUACUACAUCUUAUGUUCUCACUCCCAUCCGUCCAAUAAAGCCCCAUGUCCACAAUCAUACCCAAUAAUUGGAAACAUCAUCGGCUUCCUCCGCAACCGCCACCGCUUCCACGACUGGGUUGCCGACAUGCUCUGCACCACCCCAUCUCUCACCCUCCAAGUCAACGGCUUCCUCGGCCUCUUCCACGUCAUCUGCACUGCCAACCCCGCCAACCUCGACCACUUCCUCCGCUCCAACUUCCCUAACUACGCCAAAGGCUCCCGCUUCUCCUCAGUUCUCCAAGAUCUCCUUGGCCACGGCAUCUUCAACGUGGACGGCCACCUUUGGACCGUCCAACGCAAGAUCGCUAGCCACGAAUUCAACACCAACUCACUCAAACACUUCAUCUCCAACACGGUCCAGUCCCAUCUCUCCAACCGCUUGAUUCCACUCCUCUCCAACGCUUGCAAAAACGACACAAUUAUCGAUUUGCAAGACGUUUUUCGAAGGUUUGCUUUUGACAACAUAUGCAACGUCGCAUUUGGCAUCGACCCUGCAUGGUUGGGGUCUGCUGUUGACGAAAUAACUGCUAAAAAAUUGGCGAAUUCAUCCUUCAUUCAUGCGUUUGAUUAUGCAGUCGAGGCAAGUUCAGAUAGAUUCAUGUCCCCGGUGGCUGCAGUAUGGAAGAUCAAGAGAUUUCUCAACAUUGGAAGUGAGAGAAAAUACAAAGAAGCUGUUGCAGUCAUCAAUGAUUAUGCUAUGAGCAUAAUUAGAUCCAAAGAAGAGAGAGAUCAAGAACGCACCCAAGAUUUGUUAUCAAGAUUUAUGUUUUCCACCUCCGAUUUCGGGUUCCAUGAUCAAGAUGAGAGGAGGAAGUUCUUGAGAGACAUAGUGAUUAGCUUCAUUCUUGCAGGUAAGGACUCAACCUCAACCGCAUUGACUUGGUUCUUUUGGUUACUCGCCGGCCACCCUCGAUGCGAACGGCUGAUUUACAAUGAAUUAUCGUUGGCAUCGCCGUCAAAUUCGCCGGACAAGUUCAGUUAUGAUGAGCUGAAGAAGCUUCAUUACUUGCACGCAGCGAUAUCAGAGUCACUGCGACUGUUUCCGCCAGUACCGAUCAAUACCAGAUUGGUACUGGCGGAUGAUAUUUUGGUUGAUGGGACCCCCGUGGGGAAAGGGUGGUUUGCAGAUUACUCAGCAUAUGCAAUGGGGAGGAUGGAGAGGCUGUGGGGAUCAGAUUGUAGGGAGUUCAAGCCAGAGAGGUGGUUGGAUGGUGAUGGGGUUUUUCAGCCGUCUGAUCAGUUUAAGUUUGCUGUGUUUCAUUGUGGGCCCAGGAUGUGUUUGGGGAAGGAGAUGGCUUAUGUGCAGAUGAAGUCUGUUGCUGCGGCUGUGAUGUAUGAGUUUGAGAUCGAGGCCGUUGAUGGGGGUGGGCAUGCACAGAGGAUGAUGGACCCGCCUUACACCUUAUCUCUUCUACUGAAGAUGAGAGGUGGCUUGCAUGUUCGGUUGAGGAGAAGGCAACAGCCCACCAAACCAACCACAGCCCCUCACUUGGUUGACUCCAAUUAAGAUCAUGGUUUGGACACGUGGCAGAUAAGGAAAGGCAGUCUGCAUGUAUAUAUAGUGGUGUGUGCAAGUUAAAUAAAUAAAAUAUUUAACAUAUAUUAAUUGUAAUUCCAAGUGAUAAGAAUCUUCCUUAUUAAAUUUGUGGUUCUGAGUUUAAGUCUUGGCCCA